AUGGGCUUCGGCCCAACUAUAGUCCAACAAAAACCGCCGACAUCCACCACCGCCUCCAUUGCCACUCGUCGCCGCUACCACACACCACUGUCGCCGCCAUUGCCACUCGCCGCGGCCACCACCCACCGUCGCCGCCAUUGCCACUCGCCGCGGCCACCACCCACCGUCGCCGCCAUUGCCACUCGCCGCGGCCACCACCCACCGUCGCCGCCCCACCACCUAGCUACCGCCCCAACACCAACCACCACCGUCACUGCCACCCACCACCACCGUCGUUGCCACCCACUAUUGCCUCGGGCGCCACGAAGAACCACUGACGGCCACCACUGCCGCGCCCACCACCGCUACUCGUCGUCGCCACCACCCACCACCGCCACCUCUCACCAGCCACAAUCACCGACACCGACCACCACCACCACUCACCGCAAAUUUUAUUCCCUUGUUUUUCUUGCCUACCAAACAAUACACGGUAAUACUUUAUUUCAUUCUCAUAUGGUAACCAAACACGAAAUGGAAUGGUAA